AUGAAAAAAAAAUUUAUAUUUCUAAUUCCCUUAUUCACACUUAUUGUGGUGGUUUCCACCACCACGUGUCCACAUUCUGUGAAUUCCAGAAUUCAGGAAUGUGUGCAGCCGGUUGCCGAGUAUGCGAAAGUUUUGAAUAAUCAGGAUUCUCGAACUUCUGGAACUGAAUUCGGAAGUGCGUUUUCUCUACCCAAUAUGGGUGGACGAGUAUUCAAUGAACUGUGCAGACUAAUCGCCAAAUUCAACAGUUGCGUCCGUGACUACCGUAGUACAUGUCCCAGACAUGUCACUAUUUCUCUCAUCGAUUCUUCGUAUGGAUAUCUGUGUAAUGAAGGCUAUAAUACAUUCAUGGAAUCGGCGGAGUGUCUCAUGGAGUUGGAUAGAAAGCCAUCUGUAAAACGAUGUCACGAUGAGACUUUAAAGGAAAUCGAAUCUGCAAAUACAGAGUCUGGAGUUUCAAUGCCUGCAAAAGUUGAUAGGAUGUGUGGAGCGCUGAACUUCUUCUCGGGAUGCGUACGAACGCCUAUCAAGCAGGAUUGUGGAUUUUCAGCGUGGCAGGUCAUCUACCGUGUUCUCAAAGACACCACCAACACUCUGAUGCCAGCUUGCCAAUUCACUGGAACCUCUCAAAAAUUGGCGUCAUUUCAAAAAGAGAACAAUAUCACAAGCACUACAGUAAUCCCAACGACUACAGUGCUCCCCACAAAGACUACAAAGACAACACUACAAACUACUACAAGAACUACAAAAGUUGUAGUUCAGGAGGAUGAGGAAGAAGAAGACGAUGAAGAAGAAAUCGAUUUGGAAUUUCAGGAAAAACUGAAUCAAAAGAAGAAAAUGAGAAAAAUCCAAUCGGCUGAGCUAACUGAUUCUUCGAAUUCCCGAAAUUUGAAAUUAUCGAUUUUUUGCCUAGUUUUAGGCUACUUGAUGCUUUUUUGA